CUACUCCUUUCCCCAACAGAGAGCUCAGGCAGCGUUGCAGGCAGUCAACGCAGUGCAUUCUGGGAACAUGGCGUUGGGCGGUUCAGCAUCGGGCAGUGAUGGAGCCUUGAUGCCAGGACAGAGCCCCGUGCUGCGCAUCAUUGUAGAAAACCUCUUCUACCCUGUAUCACUGGAGGUCCUACACCAGAUCUUCUCUAAGUUCGGGACGGUCCUGAAGAUCAUCACUUUCACCAAGAACAACCAGUUCCAGGCCCUGCUACAAUAUGCUGACCCGAUAAAUGCCCACCACGCCAAAGUGACUUUGGAUGGCCAGAACAUCUAUAACGCGUGCUGCACUCUGCGUGUGGAGUUCUCCAAGCUGACCAGCCUGAAUGUGAAGUACAACAACGACAAGAGCCGAGACUUCACCCGCCUGGACCUUCCCUCUGGAGACGGACAGCCCACCAUGGACCCUGCUAUGACCGGCGCCUUCGGUGCUCCAGGUAUCAUCUCUUCGCCUUAUGCUGGAGCAGCAGGUUUUUGCCCCACGAUCGGAUUCUCCCAAGCAGGUAGGUCCCCCCCACUAUCACCCUCCUCCUGCCCCAUAUCCCCUAUAUAGGUAGGUCCCCCCCAC